ACAGCUUUAUAUUUGGUGUUUAGGGCUACAUUUUUAUAUGAUGAGAAAUAUAUUUCAUUAGUACACAUACUCUUUGUUACACUGUUUUAGUAUACACGAUGUCUAUGAAUAUAUUUCGCCUUGCUGGCGACAUGUGCCACAUUGUGAGCCUAAUACUUCUCGUUUGGAAAUUAAAAGUAUCAAAGAACUGCUUGGGUAUAUCUUGUAGGAUGCUUGAGCUUUAUCUUAUGGUCUUUGUUUGCAGAUAUGUCGAUUUGUUCAUCUACUUUAUCAGCUUUUAUAACACAUUUAUGAAGAUUUUGUUUAUUCUAGUGACAGCAUAUUCGAUUUACCUGAUCAGAUUCCGUCCACCCAUUUCUCAAACAUACAACAGGAAGAUUGAUAAAUUCUCCUAUGAAAAGUAUAUACUUGGACCUGUAUUCGUUUUGGCCUUGCUGACAACCAAAAGAUAUGAUUUUGUCGACGUGCUUUGGACAUUUUCAAUAUGGCUAGAAAGUGUUGCUAUAUUACCACAGCUGACGAUGCUUUACCAGCAGCGCGAAGUAGAAAAUAUCACUUCGCACUACGUUCUUACCAUGGGAUUAUACAGGGGUUUCUAUCUAAUAAACUGGAUUUAUCGCUAUCUCUUUGAGUCGCCUUCAUAUAUCUGUCUCGUUUGUUGGACUGCAGGAUUCAUACAGACUGCGUUGUACGUGGAUUUUUUCUACUAUUUUGCAAAGUCCAAAUGGUAUGGUAAGAAGCUGGUGCUCCCCUUCACUGGAGAUGUAUAAAAGUGUAUACAUAAGUUUGCACUUUAAUUUUUUGAGAAGUCCGCCUCGCUAGAUAGGCGUUUCUUUAUCAAUUGCUUA